AAUUAUUUCUCUCUUUCAAAAUUUUAUCACUCAAAGAAUCUGAAAAAAAAUUCUUUCAUCAUUUUUUUUUUAUAUCUUUGUUUGAAACAAAAAAAUGAGCAACAUAAGCAUGGUUGAAGCAAAGCUUCCACCAGGGUUCAGAUUUCAUCCUAGAGAUGAAGAACUUGUGUGUGAUUACUUGAUGAAGAAGGUUACUCAUAGUGAUUCUCUUCUCAUGAUUGAUGUUGAUCUUAACAAGUGUGAACCAUGGGAUAUUCCUGAAGCGGCAUGUGUGGGAGGAAAAGAAUGGUAUUUCUAUACACAAAGAGAUCGAAAAUAUGCAACAGGCCUACGCACAAAUCGUGCAACUGCGUCGGGCUAUUGGAAGGCCACUGGAAAAGACAGAUCUAUCCUUCGAAAGGGCACUCUUGUUGGCAUGAGAAAGACUUUAGUGUUCUAUCAAGGAAGGGCACCAAAAGGAAGAAAAACUGAAUGGGUUAUGCAUGAGUUUCGCAUUGAAGGUCCUCAUGGCCCUCCUAAAUUUUCUUCUUCUAAGGAAGAUUGGGUAUUGUGUAGGGUAUUCUACAAAAACAGAGAAGUUGCCACAAAAGCAAGCAUGGGUAGUUGCUAUGAUGACACAGGCUCUUCAUCACUUCCAGCAUUAAUGGAUUCAUACAUCAGUUUUGAUCACCAAGCUCAAUUCCACACAGACGAAUAUGAGCAAGUGCCCUGCUUCUCCAUUUUCUCUCAAAACCAAAUGAAUCCAUUCUUCAACCAUACAACAACAAACAUGGAGCCAAAACUACCUACACUCAACAAUAACAACAAUCCAACAACUACAUUUGGAGGAGCACCUUAUAGCUUAGAUCCUCUGUCUUGUGAUAGAAAAGUUCUGAAAGCUGUUUUGAGUCAACUCUCAAAAAUGGAAAGAAACACUCUUGAUAAUAAUGCUAAUAGUAAUCAAAAUCUAAAAGGAUCGUCACCAAGCUUAGGUGAAGGAAGUUCUGAGAGUUACUUAUCUGAAGUGGGUAUGCCCCAUAUGUGGAAUAGUUACUAAUAUUGUUGGACUUCACUCCUAUUUAAAUUUUCUUGGUGUAGCCUCUUCAAUAGAUUGAAUUCUUUAUUCUUGCAUUAUCAUAAUUUUAUAGCGGCAGAGGAUUCAGCGGAAUCUUUUGCCGCUAUAAUAUGAUAGUGCAGAAAUUAGAGAAUUCAAUAGCAAUAAAAUGGUGUACACAGUCAAAAAUAGGAGUUAGAAAAGAAAAGAGGAGUUUGAUUGAUUUAAGUUAUGUAAUAGUAUCCAUGUAUUUUUCUCAUGAUAUUAGCUAUUAAUAUAUAAAUAUAUAUAUCCAAA